AUGCUCUCCAACGUCUUCACCGUCAUGGGCCUGGCCACCGUCGCCAGUGCUCACAUCAUCAUGACCAACCCUGUUCCCUACGGCACAUUCGAGAACAGCCCCCUGGAUGCCUCUGGUUCCAACUUCCCCUGCCAGAACGUUGCCAACCCUGGCGGAAAGGCUGGCAACACCUACGAGGCCGGCAGCACUCAGGAGCUCGCUUUCGAGGGAACCGCCGUCCACGGUGGUGGCUCGUGCCAAGUCUCAGUCACGACUGACCUCAACCCCACCAAGGAUUCUACUUGGAAAGUCAUCAAGUCUAUCGAGGGUGGCUGCCCUGCUCGCGACCAGGCAGGAAAUCUUCCUGGCUCUAACGCUGCCGCCACCGAUCCUUACACCUACGAAUUCCAGAUUCCCGAUGAGAUGCCCAGUGGCGACUACGUCCUUGCCUGGUCCUGGUUCAACAAGAUUGGCAAUCGCGAGAUGUACAUGAACUGUGCCUCGGUCGAGAUUACUGGAGGUAGCGACGACGACAGCUUCCUCGACACACUUCCCGACAUGUUCGUCGCCAACAUCGGUAACGAGUGCUCAACGGCCGAUUCCAAGGACCUCCAGUUCCCCGACCCUGGACAGUACCUCGCUCAGGAAAACGGCGCAACCACGGCCUGGGGUGCCCCGAUCGGCUCCAACUGUGGUGCCUCUGGAUCCACCCCCACCGCCAGUGAUGCCCAGCCCACACAGACCAGCGAGCCCACUACAACAGCCGAUGUCCAGCCUUCGACCACUGCCGCCGUGUCUAUCUCAGUCGGCAGCGGCAGCAGCCACACUGCCGGCUCUGCCUGCUCCUCCGAGGGCACCUGGGACUGCAUUGGCGGAAGCUCCUAUCAGCGUUGUGCUAGUGGUGUCUGGUCCGAGGUCAUGCAGAUGGCUGGAGGCACCACUUGCGUCGCCGGCGAGUCCUCUGAGCUCUCUGUUGCCGCGGCCGUCAGGCGCCGCGCCGUCCCCCUCCGUGUUUAA